AUGGCCAGCGCAAAGUUACGCGAGACUGCUUUGAAUUCCCCGAAACUGCUUUAUAAGUUUUUACUGAGAGAAUGUGAAAAGUUACCGAAGGAUGCACAACAGUUUUAUAAACAUUCGAUUAAGCAGGUGAACUUCAUGCUGUCUACUAGAGCGAAGAAACGUACCUCCUUGCAUCCACGUGAUUUAACAGACAGUUUCAUUCAAAUUUUCGAGCAUUUCCUUAGAAUAGUUGCGUACAGUUAUAAGCAACACAUAAUUGAACCGGACGAGGAACGUGUGCAACAGAUAAUGAAAAAGGCAGUGCAAGACGCGGAAUGGAUCAUCAAUAAGUAUUGUAAAACGGAACAAACAGCAAAGUCUAAGGAGAAAUAA